CUCAUACAUAAAAAUCACUCCUAAGUGGUGCAUUUGCAAAAUAAACUUCAAAAGGAGCCUCUAUUUUCUCACUGUCACUCCAGAGAACUUUGUAGAGAGAUGGCAGCUGCAACAUCUGGUGCUGUGGUAAAUGGGUUGGGAUCUUCCUUCUUGAGUGGAGGAAACAGGAGCCAAACCCUUCUGGCCACUGCUAUCGGAGGCAAAGUUGGUGCUGCUGUCAGUCCCAGAAGACUCAUUGUGGUAGCUGCUGCUGCACCAAAGAAGUCAUGGAUCCCUGGUGUUAGAGGUGGUGGGAAUUUCAUUGACCCAGAAUGGCUUGAUGGAUCGCUACCAGGUGACUACGGUUUUGACCCACUAGGGCUUGGCAAGGACCCAGCAUUCCUGAAAUGGUACAGAGAAGCUGAGCUGAUUCACGGAAGGUGGGCAAUGGCUGCAGUUGUAGGCAUCUUUGUGGGGCAGGCAUGGAGUGGAGUGCCAUGGUUUGAGGCUGGAGCUGACCCCAAUGCCAUUGCUCCUUUCUCCUUUGGUUCUCUUUUGGGAACCCAAUUGAUUCUCAUGGGGUGGGUUGAGAGCAAGAGAUGGGUGGACUUCUUCAACCCAGACUCACAGUCAGUGGAAUGGGCCACUCCAUGGUCAAGAACAGCUGAGAACUUUGCCAAUGCCACUGGUGAGCAAGGCUACCCUGGAGGCAAAUUCUUUGACCCUUUGGGCUUUGCUGGCACUCUCAAGGAUGGAGUUUACAUCCCUGACACUGAGAAGCUGGAAAGAUUGAAACUGGCUGAGAUUAAGCAUGCCAGGAUUGCUAUGUUGGCCAUGCUCAUUUUCUACUUUGAGGCUGGACAAGGGAAGACCCCCCUUGGCGCUCUUGGCUUGUAAACUAAACAAUUCAUGUAGAUAAUUGAACCGAGAGGCUAGACAGUUGCAAAUGAACCUUUGUUCUGUGUGUGUUACCCCAUGACAAAUUCAAAUUCCAUGCUCUCUAAUAUUGGAUGCAUUCACUUUAUCUCCGUA